AUGUGCGAUCACACCCACGUUAAACAGGAGGAGGAGUCUGAGAUGCCGUACAUCAAACAGGAGGCAGAGCCAGACACCCCCUACAUUAAAGAAGAAAAACAGGAAGAAGAAAUCUUUCCAGUGACUGUUAGUGUGAAGAGCGAAGAAGAUGAAGGUCCCAGCGAAGAGAGCGGAGCAGCGAAACCUUUGAGCGACGGCUCAUUUCAGCACCUGACAACAAAAGAAGAAGGAGAAUCGCAAACGGAUGGCCUCUUAGCUCCGCUCUCGGAAAGCGGCGACGGUCAGUUGACAAAACACACGCGUAGACACCCUGAAAAAAAGGCUUUUGUGUGCACAUGUUGUGGUAGAAGAUUCACAGAGAAGGGAAAUUUAAAGAGACACGCAAAAACACACACUGGAGAAAAGCCUUUUGUCUGCACAAGUUGUGGUAAAAGAUUCGCAGAGAAGAUAGAAUUAGACCAACACAUAAGAACACAUAGCGGAGAGAAGCUAUUCGCCUGCUCCUUAUGCGAUAAAAGCUUUUCUCGGAAGACAAACAGAGAAAGGCAUAUGCUUACACACACUGGAGAGAAACCGUUUGCCUGCACACUUUGCGACAAACGAUUUUUCCAGAAGACUGAUUUAGAAAAGUGUCAGCGUACACACGCUGGAGAGAAGCCUUUUGUCUGCACGUGUUGUGGUAAAAGAUUCACCCAUAAGACGUAUUUAAACAAACACUCAAAAAUCCAUGCUGCAGAAAAGCCAUUUGCAUGUACACUUUGUGGCAAAGGAUUUAAUCGGAAGACUCGUUUAGAAGUGCACAUACGUACACACACUGGAGAAAAGCCUUAUGUCUGCACAUUUUGCGGUAAAAGAUUCACCCAGAAGAAAAAUUUAGACAGACACGCAAGACUCCACACCGGAGAUAGGCCUUUCCCCUGCUCAGUUUGUGUGUUCCGCAGACGUUACUGA